CACAUCCUACUCAAGAAACACUUGAAAACCAAAACGGUUUAUGGUUUCUUGUUUACUUUCGAAAACCCUUUACUCAACAAUCUCUCUCUAUCAAAUUCAAUCCCUAAUUGGAACAGUGAAUAACCACCGACCCAUUUUUUUUACAUUCGAUCAGUACCCACAAAGCAACCCUUGUUAAUUCAAUUCAAAUGGAUGUGCAGAAGUCGGAUGAAAUUACGCAGGGUUGGUUGUAUCUAAUUCGAUUUAAUCGGUUUGGAUUGCAAUAUGCUCGAAGAAGGUAUUUUGUUCUUCAGAACCAGUGUCUCAAAAGCUUCAAAUCGGUACCUUUGUCUGACACUCAGGAGCCACUAAGAAGUGCGAUUGUAGACUCGUGCAUACGCGUCACAGACAAAGGAAGAGAGAGUUUCAAAAGAAAAGUCUUUUUCGUUUUCACCAUCUACAAUACUUCUAAUCACAAAGAUCACCUUAAGUUAGGAGCAAGCAGCCCGGAAGAAGCUGCUAGGUGGAUACAUUCGUUACAGAACGUUGCAGCGGAAACAGGAACAGACUCAAAAAGACGAUGGCAGCCUUUUAGAUUAAAUGAUUCUAAAAGUGCAAAGCGUACAAAUUCUGUUGACUGGACCGUAUCCGCAACAAGGCAUGUGGAUGCGAUCAUGCCAGAUGUGAUAGCACCGUCCCAAUGGAAAAUUUUCGGUUGCCAAAAUGGGCUUCGCCUCUUUAAAGAAGCAAAAGAUAGUAAUAAUUCAAGUGAGAGCCAGCGGGCUGGUCAACCAGCUAUAAUGGCGGUUGGUGUGGUUGAGGGAACAUCAGAGGCCGUUUUUAAAAUCCUCAUGUCUAUCGGUCCCUCUAGAUACGAAUGGGAUUUUUGUUUCCAUGGUGGCACGGUGGUUGAACAUCUUGACGGUCAUACAGAUAUAAUACACAUGCAACUAUGUAGAGAUUGGCUACCAUGGGGAAUUAAACGAAGAGAUUUGCUCUUGAGGCGAUAUUGGAGAAGGGAAGAUGACGGGACAUAUGUUAUACUAUAUCACUCGGUGAUCCAUAGCAAGUGUCCACCACAAGAUAGUUACAUCCGAGCUUACAUUCACAGUGGAGGAUUUGUGGUUAGCCCUGUGAAUCAAGGAAAAGAAUCUGUUGUUAAACACAUGCUUUCGGUUGAUUGGAAGUUGUGGAAAUCCUAUUUUCCAAAAACGUCUACAAGGUCUCUGACAAUUUGUAUGCUUGGUAGAGUUUCAGCAUUGAGAGAACUGUUUAGAGCCAGAGCAGGGGAGCUAUGUAGUGAUGAUUUUUUAUCUAGAGAAUGCGUGUCAAUUCGUAUAAAUGAACAGCAGCAGCAGGUGAAACCAGAGGGUGGCCAAAUAAUGCCAAUGGAAGAAGUCAAAGAAUCACCGGUUUCAAAUGCCUCUGAUGAGUUUUUUGACUUCCCCGAUCAUUCAGAUGAUGAACUUGAGUGGGAUUCUGAAAGCUCACAACAUUGCUAUGUGGAAAAUUGUCAGCCUAAACUGUCAUCAGCAGCUGGAUUUGUGAAAAAACUGCACGAUCUUGCAGUUCAAAGAAAGGGUUAUAAGGAUUUACAAGAAGUAUUACGGGAAUCAAAUCCAUCGUCAUAUGAAUACGGAUCAACGUUUCCAAAAGACUCAAACUGUAAUCUCCCUUGCAGUUGGGCAUCUACCGAUCCUUCCACAUUUCUUAUUCGUAGUGAUAGUUAUCUCGAAGACCAACGAAAGUACAAAGCAAAAGGCACCUUGAUGCAGUUGGUUGCUGCUGAUUGGUUAAAAUCUGAUAAACGUGAAGAUGAUCUUGCAGGGCGUUUUGGUGGAAUUGUUCAGAAAUACGCAGCACAUGGCGGCCCCGAGUUUUUCUUUGUCAUUAACAUACAGGUUCCAGGAACGACGACAUAUAGUCUUGCUCUAUAUUACAUGAUGAGAACUCCUUUGGGAUCUUGUUCAUUGCUCGAACAUUUUGUCAAGGGUGACGAUUCAUUCAGAAACUCAAGAUUUAAGCUCAUACCAUAUAUAUCCAAGGGAUCGUGGUUGGUCAAGCAAAGCGUGGGGAAAAAAGCUUGUUUGAUAGGUCAAGCACUUGAAAUCAAUUAUUUUCAUGGGAAGAAUUACAUUGAGCUUGGCGUUGAUAUAGGUUCAUCAACGGUGGCAAGAGGGGUGGUCGGUCUUGUUCUUGGUUACCUGAACAAUUUGGUUAUAGAAAUGGCUUUCUUGAUACAGGCUAACACACAUGAGGAGCUACCCGAAACCCUUUUGGGAACUUGUCGAUUGAAUCACAUGGAUGCAUCCAAAUCGAUAUCCGUAGACUCCAUGAACAUCUAGCUUAAAGAUUUUGAUUCCGGUAUAGGCGAUUCUUUAAUUCAAGUUAAAUAGAUGCAUUGUAUUGCACAAUGAAAACAUAUUUUUACUUGGUUGUCUGUAUGUUAUUGUUGUUGUUUCAUUUAACAACACUUGAUUCAUGAAAGUUGUAUAGUGUAUAAUCAUCCAUUUGAAUUCCUUCUC